AUGACCAUCAUCAAGAAUGAAGCCGGGCAAGGCUCAAACGAUGAUACCGGAAUCACCGCACAAGAAAAUACUACCUCUCGCAUACCUUCAACCCGCCAAGCCAAGACCCAACAGGUAAGGCAUAGAGCAUCUGUUGCCUGCGCCUCUUGUCGGGACAGAAGAAUUCGCUGUGUGGUUCCAAAGGGCGAGUCGGAGUGCGUCCAGUGCAAAAAGGCAGGUAAUGAGUGCGUUAUCAAGAAUGACGAUGAGCGGCGGCGACCAAUAUCAAAGGCGUACAUGUCGUCUUUGUCCGAUCGCAUUGCGAUGCUUGAGGGCAUGCUGCAGGAAAAGGGUGUUCAACCUCCACCAGCCGUGCAUCCCCCGAAGACGAGACACGAGACCCAGCAGUUAUCGGAAGAGCCAAGAGAGCAAAGAAAGGUUCCAGUCAAGAGACCAACUGCCCCCGAGGUCCCCUCACCUCCGGACUCUGGAAACGAUGACUACUCAGUACAGGGCAGCGACCACGCCGAAAACGCGUCCACCGCCAGCCCCUGCUUCCAUGUUGCUGCAGAAGAACAAUCUGCGUUCCGUAUGCUGGACCCAACGCAAGAGAACGUUGUUCACAGGCUUCUAUCGACGAGAGGGAAUCUUUCAUUUGACCAACUAUCUGGACGGCUCCGCUUCUUCGGCCCGACGGCCAACUCCCAUGUUUACUACGCCGACACUAGUGAUAGCUUGCGGUCUCGUGAACCAUCAGAGCAGAUACGGCGUGCUGAGCGCAUUAUUCGGACACUGACGGCGACGACUCACGACUACCUCAUGAACAGUUUCUGGACGCACUACAAUAGUGUGCUCAAAAUCAUCCACAGGGAAUCGUUCGAAUCCGAUCGAGAGUCGCAAAGCCCAAAGUUCUACUCGUCGUUCCUGCAUAUCGCGAUCUUGGCUAUGGGUUUCCGAUUUGCUGAUUGCAGUCGUGAUGAAAUGAAGAGAAUGGCUUUGGGGAACCGGGAGAGCACUUUGCACAGGGAGGCCAAGUACAUGCUCGAUGUCGAACUCGAGAGACCUGGUGGGAUACCAAGCGUACAAGCCCUCCUUCUUCUCGGCGAUCUGGAAUGCGGCGUUGGCAGAGAUAAUACUGGGUGGAUGUAUGCUGGGAUGGCGAACAGAUUAGCUUUUGACAUCGGGCUCCAUUUGGACUGCCGCAACAGUGGUUUUGACGAACAGGAGGUCGACAUCCGUCACAUGGUGAUGAGAGCCUGCGUGAUAUACGACAAAUAUUGGUCCCUAUUUCUGGGUCGGCCCACGAGCAUCAAAAGCCAAGAUGUCGGCAUGGAUCUGCUAUCACGGCGCUUCUCACAGCUCACGUCGCUCAUGGGAACGCCUGGGCCCACUAACAAGGAGAAUCAAAUUGUGGAGAUCUACGACCAGCUCGUCGAGUUGAUGGAGCUUGCGGGUCGUAUAGUGGAAGCUAGAGACAGCCGGCAAGUACCAGCGAGUGUUCAUAAGAGAGACGGAGCGUAUGGCGAAGAAGAUGCGUAUAUUCAAAGCACCAACCUCGAUCGCCAAUUGCAGAAUUGGUAUAGGCGGUUGCCGGAAUAUUUGCAGUGGAAGCCUGCCAACAUCAAGCAUGCACCGUUCAGCUAUUUCCUUCUUCACCAGCAAUAUCACGUCUCGAUGAUAUUGCUGCAUCGUUCGUGGGCGAAUUACGACGAAGUUUCUGGCGAUACCACUAGCACUGAUGCAAAUCUGACGCCGAACUCGAGCUCCGACUCCAAAGACACGUCCGACCAUCAUCACUUCAACCAUUCCCUAGGGACGGACAUGUCACAAUCAACCUUAGACACAGGCCGAGUUGCGUCAUCGCGCAGCAUUUGUAGUUUCCACGCCAUUCGAGUGGCGAGGAUAUUCUGGCAACACCGACAACGGUUUGACGGAACCAAGAUAUUCAUCACCGGCAUUCAGCACGCCGGUACUGCGGCCAUUGCUCUAGUUGCGGCACUUGCACAUCACCGUUGCGAAUCUGAUAGGCGAACGUACCUCGGAUACCUAGAGAUUCUGGCCAGCGCCAUCAGCGACAUGAGUCAAGCCUACCAACCAGCGGCACGCAUGGACAACCUACUGAAGGCAGUCCUUGGAAAACUGCGGACCGAUAACGACAGCUGGAGAGGCAAAAUGGACAGCGUUUACUCCGUUCUACCAGCUAGACGUGAAGCUGAAGUCCGGGACACCCAACCGAACAAAAGACGCCGACCAUCGACGAGCAGUCGAAGAGCGUCUGAGUUCGCUCGCCCGCCCUUGCCUUUCUUCGGCGCCAAGAUGCAGCCAUCGACGCGCAGGUCGUCGCAGAGCAACGUGUACGCAAACAUCGGUUCUCCCCUAGAGCCCGCGGCGUAUCAUUCAGGCGGAAACGAUCAUCAGCUAUUUAAUCUAGACUUUCUCAACGAUAAUGAUAGAGAAGACGACGCUUCGGAUGUCAAGAGCAAGCCUGUAGAGGAUUGCAUUUUUGUUUCGCCACUGUCCAACAGCUGGGCACAGGAUGUCACGACCAACGGCAACGCAUCGCCGUCUCAAAAGGCGCAUCUGCGUUAUGGCGAUUUGGAACUGAACGAUUGGGAGUCUGGAGCAUCCGGGAUCGGUAUCGAUUCACUCUCCAGCUUCCAGCUCAGUGGAGGAGGGGAAAGUAACCGUGAAAGCCAGCAAAAGGUCCACAAAGAGGAACCCAAUCAGAGCAGUCUCAAGAGCGAGGCCAAGGACACAGUAAUGGAUCAAGGAGGUUUCGGGCCCUAUGGCCAUGACGCCAUGGAAUGGAUGGGUACCGAUGAUGGCCUGGAUACCAUGACCUCUGUGAGUCUGAUUGAGCUGGUGCAGAGUUCAAUUGCCGGUAAGGCAGAGAGACGUCCGGCGGACGAAGCGCCUAGAAACCACGAACUGGACUUUUUGAGCUUCUGA